AUGGGCACCUUCAGCAACAAGACAUUUCGUUCCAAGCGCCAGCAGGCAGAAUACGAACGCUCUUUCAUAGGCCGCUAUCAAGCCCUAGUUAAGAAGAAUUCGUUUCUGUAUCUCGGUCUUCCGAUGAUGUUGUCUGUGGCCUUUGGUUCGGUGAUUCUCUCCAAAUUCACGGCAUUGCGUUACGAGCAAAGAGACGAGAAAGUGAAAGAACUUGACGAGCAACAAGCACUGGACCUUGCUAAGAAAAAGCGGAAGGUUGAUAUUAAAGAAGAAUACUACAAACUUCAAGGCCUUCUGGAUGAGCACGAGAAUUGGGAACCAAAGAGAGUCGAAAGACUUCCUGGGGAAUCUGAUAAUGUGUUUUGA